UAUUCAAUCUGCAAAAAAAAAACACACACACAAAAAAAAAAAAAAAUCCUACCUGGUAUACCAACUAAAAUACUCCAAGAACCAUCGGCUUACGUUGCAUAUAUAUAGCUUGUUCCUUAGUUAUACGUUGAAAAAUAAAAUGUCAUCAGGCGUAUGGGUUUUCAAGAAUGGUGUGAUUCACUCAGGAGGAGGAGGCGGUGGCUCAUCAGCAGGGCAAGGCAACAACAGCGGUUCCGGGAGGAGAAAAGUGUUGGUGCACCUACCGACGGGGCAAGCAGUGUCAUCUUACUCCUCUCUGGAGCGAAUCCUGAGUGGCUUGGGAUGGGAGAGGUACGACGGGGGCGGAGACUCGGACCUCUUCCAAUUCCACAAGCCAUCUUCCAUUGAUCUGAUUUCUCUUCCUAGGGACUUCUCCAAGUUCAACUCCAUCCACAUGUACGACAUUGUUGUCAAAAAUCCCAACCUCUUCCACGUCCGGGACGCAUGAUAUAUAUAUCCAUCAUAUUACUUACCUUAUUAGUGAGUCUGUGUUCGAGGGAAACUGCUGCAAUACACACCUACUUUUAAGGACAUAUAUAGUUGAAAAGGUCGCAUGCAUGGAGUGUCCCAUAGUGUCGUACGUACUUCAUAGUUUUCCUCUCCCUUGAGUCUAUCCUUAAAUUUGUGACAGCAAAUAAUAUCCUUUUGUUUAAGCCAUAUGCUUCCAUCCGUCCCAUUCUAAGUGUUGUCAUAUGUACAUCUAGGUCGCAUGCAUAGGUGUAUUAUGGGUUUUUUUUUUUUAAACGGUAAAGGAAAAAAAAUAUUAAUCUCUGAAAAAGUUAAAAGGAUUUGGGUAUGAAAGCAUUAUGACCAACAAGGAGUGAGCAUCCCAACAACAUGGCACCCUCACAUCCCGAAAAUAUUCCUAUGUCAGCCCAGAACCCAGAAGACAAGUAGCUUUCCUGUCCCUUCUGUGAUCCAUGGUAACAGGAAAUCGUAUUGUUUGUUUUCGAAGAUCCUUUUCUUUCUUGUAUAAUAAUAAUAACUAUAUGUACAUGAAAUAAAUGUAUAACACACUAUAUGUGUGUGUGUGUGUAAUUGUUUGAAUAAAGUAUUACCGAAAUAUUUGUUUUAGUUC